GCUCUUUACUGUUUCCGGCUCUGUUUGAAGCACAACACCUGUUGUCUCACCUGAGAGGUUGCUUAUUUCCACCGGAGAGAAAAAAAAAAAAAAACAAAAACGAGUAAACACGACAGUGGACUUUUAGUCGAACGUGUGGAUUAUAUCAGCAGUGUGACAGCAGCCAGUCAAGAAAUAUGGGUGGAAAUUGUUUUUAGCUGACAGACUGAUGGUGCACCAGCUAUUCACUGAAGAGAAGAAAUUAAAAAAAAAAAAAAUUAUGUCUGAGCAAAGUGGUUUAGUCCCAGAGUCAGGAGAUGUGGUGCUGUCACCUGCUGCAACUGCAGAGCCACAAAUAUCAGCAAGCAAAAAUCCACAAGAGAGCAACAACACAGAAGAAGAUAGAAACUUUCUGAAUAAAGAAGAAGAGGAGGAGGAGACCAGCACUGUGCUGGAGCCGAGCACCCUGCCGUGGUCAGGAGACAAAGGUGAGAAGCCCCAGAUAAACGCCGGUGAUGGAGGGUGGCCAGAAGAACUAGUUUCAGAGCACGAGGAGCCGGACACGGGCAUCAGUGCAGGAAGCCUGUCGGAGGAACGGAGCCAACCGGAGAGCGACGGCAAGAGCAAAGACAAAUGGAGGGAGAGCAUGCCCGAGGGCGAGAGGUGGAGGGACGACGAGGUGCCUCAUAAAGGGGACAGUUCGCUGGCAGACGAUGAAGAGGAGGAGGAGGAAGUGGAGGAGGAGUCCAACUGGAUGCCAGAGAAAGCUGCUUUGGUUUUCACUCCUCAAGUCAAGAUUGUGCGCCCGGCCAGCAGAGAACUCCCUGAGGAGAGCAGGAGCUUCAUCGAGAAGGUCAUCGAGAGGGCGCCGCCAACUGACUCUGUGCCGCCUGUGCACGUGUACCCAGAUUGGACAGAAGAGGACAACAAAUACCACCUGUGUAAAGAUUUAUGCAGAGAAAAACUGAAGCUGAUUCUGGGGACGGUAGCUGCAGGAAUCCUCUUCCCUUUGCUGGUGUGGGCUGGAUACACCUUCCUCCCCUUUGACCCACCGCUGCUGCAGAGCACCCCCCUGAGGGUGGUCUACACACUGCACUGCGCCUUCUUUGCCACCAUCCCCAUCCUGCUCGGUGUGCUGGUGCAGGGCGUGGCCAGGCUACAUUACAGUGUACUGGAACCACUCUACAACACCAGUCUGCUGAACAAGCACGUGGCCGUGCACUGGCACUUUGUCCAUGAAUCGCUCCCUCUCUUCGUCUUCUACUUCCUGCAGCUUGCUGUCAUGGCAACGUAUGUCAGCCAGGACCUGCUCAAGCUGGUGCCACUGCUGACCAUCAUAUUUGCUUUUGGGAGGCUGAUUUACUGGCUGUGUCUCGCACUGGGCAGCGCUGUGAGGGGCUUCGGCUUCGGGUUCUCUUUCUUCCCCAUACUGGUCAUGCUGGGCGCCAACCUCUACUUCAUCUGCUCAGCAGUCGGGCACAAUGCGGUUUUUGAUGUCGGCCCGCCCCUGACACCUCCGCCCAAGCAGUGGGCAUGGGGCUAAUGGCAGCGUCCUAAAUGUGGCAAAGAGCUGAAAGACAAAUAACUCAACCCCUUAAGUAUCUUCACUUGGCACUCUGAGUCCUACCUUGGACUGUUCUUUCUCAUGCCUGUAAUGUUGUGCUGAUGGAGCAUCAUACAACAUUGUGUGUGUGUGUGUGUGUGUGUGUGUGUGUGUGUGUGUGUGUGUGUGUGUGUGUGUGUGUGUGUGUGUGUGUGUGUGUGUGUCCGUGCGCGUGUUCACAUUCUAGGUGUGUUUUCUUUUUUCUUUUUUUUUCCUUUUUUUGGUGUUGGGGGGGCAGACAUCCAAUAACCAAAAAAACAAAACAAAAAACCAAACAAACAACAACAAAAACGGGUUCUUCAUACGUUUCUAACUUGGCAGCAUUUAACCUCCCAUUAUCAAUGUGUAAAUAGCUGCACCAUCGUGUGUGUGUGUGUGUUUUUGAUGUUUUUUUUUUUUUUUUAAAGGAAUUGAGCUUCAGCUAUCGAGGGUAAUCAAUCAGUGAAGCGUGCCAGACACUGAUGUUUAGAUAAUGUUGGAUACAAGACAUACACCAAUUUUAGCACAAGGCAUCUAUAUUGCACAUGAGUGUAUAUGUAAAUGUAAUUUUUUUUAUUAUGCUGUAUGAGUUUGAUCACUUCAAACCUGUUGUUUACACCUGUGACCAUUAAAUAUUCACUGGUUUGCUGAUUUAAA